UUUCACGAGAUAGUGAUUAGAAACAUCCGCCGCAUACAUAUUUAUUAAAUGUUAAAAAUAAUCGUGGUUUUCCAAAUUUUUGUAAACAUACAACAUUUUGUGAACUUGUUAAGUGUUGAAUAGUGAGAUAUUUCAAGAUUGUGAUCGUUGGGAUUAUUUAUUUAUAAGCUUUUAAAAGUCUAAACAAGACAUAUGCAGCGGCGCGGGGUAAGGAUGCGUAAGGACGGGUGAAGCAGUAGCGCGCCGGUCGGCGACGCGCUCACACACACACAAUAUGUCUUUCUUUAAUAAUCUCAAAAAGGUGCUCCACCUCGGCAGCGGCAAUGACGCGAAAAAGAAGAAAGUUUUCAGCAACAUUCGGGACAACUCCGACCCCGCCGAGUACUGGGACAUGAUCGGAGAACUCGGCGACGGCGCUUUCGGCAAGGUGUACAAGGCGCAACACAAGGUGACGGGACAGCUGGCUGCUGCCAAGAUGUGCAUGCUGGACCACGAGGACGACCUCUCGGACUUCACGGUGGAGAUCGACAUCCUCUCGGAGUGCCGGCACCCCAAUGUAGUGGAGCUGCACGAGGCAUACUUCAUCGAUAACAAGCUCUGGAUGCUGCUGGAGUACUGCGACGGCGGCGCGCUGGACUCGGUGAUGUCGGAGCUGGAGAAGGGCCUGAGCGAGUCGCAGAUCGCGUACGUGUGCCGCGAGAUGUGCCGCGGGCUGGAGUUCCUCCACUCGCGCCGCGUCAUCCACCGCGACCUCAAGGCGGGCAACGUGCUCGCGACCAUGACCGGCGGCGUCAAGUUGGCUGAUUUCGGCGUGUCGGCCAAGAACAAGUCUACGCUGCAAAAACAUGACACGUUCAUCGGCACCCCGUACUGGAUGGCUCCGGAGGUGGUGCUGUGUGAAACCUUCCGGGACAACCCCUAUGAUUUCAAAGUGGACAUCUGGUCGCUGGGCAUCACCCUGAUCGAGUUCGCGCAGAUGGAGCCGCCCAACCACGAGAUGACCCCCAUGCGGGUGUUGCUCAAGAUACAGAAGAGCGAGCCGCCCACACUCGAGCAGCCUUCCCGCUGGUCCAAGACCUUCAAUGACUUCAUCUCCAAGGCUCUGGUUAAGGAUCCUGAGAAGCGGCCGACUUCCAGCGAGCUGCUGAAGCACGAGUUUGUGUGCGGCGAGCUGGACUCCAAGCCGCUGAGGGAGUUGCUGCUGGAGUACCGCGCGGAGGUGGUGGAGGAGGAGCUGCUCGAUGACGACGCUGAGGAGCACCGCAGCUCACAGAUGCAGAUGGAGAUGGAAGAUGACUCCACGUCGGUGAGGUCGGCCGACACGCCGGACAUCAAAACCCGUGUUCCAGUGUCGGAGGCCGCCCCCGCCGGCACGCCGCAGCCGCCCUCGCCCCGCGCCGCCUCCCCCGCGCCCCGCGCCGCCUCCCCCGCGCCCGGCCCCGCCGCCAAGCGGCCGCACGACGACGACCUCGCGCUCACCGAUAAGAAGGCACCGGCGCCAAAGAAGGAGAAAGGUCCUGCCCCCCCGCCCCCCGCGGCCCCCGCGCCCGCCCCCCACUCGCCCGCCGCCCGCGCUCCUCGCAAGCACCCCGCCCCGCGCCCCCCGCCCACCAGCGGCCCCCACGCCGCCGGGAAACUCAUCGUCGAUCAGGUUUGCCACGAAGCAGAAAAAAUGGUCGAAGAAUCACACAAAACAAAUAAAUCAAUAGAUAUAAAUGAAAAUGACACGAAACCAAAGUAUGAUACGAAACAGGAUAAAGUGACGGAUGACACUGAAGCUAAAAGUGAUGAACACGUCAAAACAAAUAAUGUAAAUAGUCUAGCUGAUAUUGAUAAGAUUAUUGACGUCAGACCCAAUAGCCUUAGUAAUAACGCCGAAGUUGACAUUAAAGCGAAUAAUGUUGAUGGAAUAUCCGAUGUUGAUAAGGAUGUUGAUCCCAAAUUAAUUAACGCCAACAGAGAAUCCGUUAUUGACAGAAAUGACGUCGUAGUAACUAAGACUAUAGAGAAUGGUAGAAGCACUGAUAAAACAGACAGUCCUAAAAGAAAUUCUAUAAUUGAUAGGAAUAUUGAUGUGAAUCGUGAUACAAUGAUAAAAGAAAAUCACAUUAAUGAUAAUACCAAAGUUGACAAAUUAAAAGAUUCAAAACGUGCCAGUAUAGAACUCAAUCAUGUUGAUACUAAAUCCAAAGUUGAGAUGAACAAUGUUCAUGACAAAGUAAAUAAGACACGCAGAGAAAGUGUCGACGAUGUAUCAAGGAAAGAAAGUAUAGAUAAAAUUCCUAAUGACACGUCUAAAGGCAAUAGAUAUGAUAAGGUUUUGGAAGAUUCUAGAAAUUUAAGUAAUAAGGUUCUGAUUGAUUCUAAAGUUGAAACUGAGAAAGUACCGGAAGAAGUCUCCAAAAUUGAUAGGAAGGAGAAGGAUUUGGCAGAAGAUUCUAGAACCGAGAAAAAGGAACGGGCUCGUUCCACGGAUGAGAUAGGUAAAAGUGAGAAUAAGAGAGUGAGUGCAGAAGUGAGCAGGAUAGAAUCACGUUCCCGAUCCGUGGAUGACAAAGACAGAGUUAGCGAGUUGAGAGUAAGAAGAGAAUAUUCUAGAACUGGGUCAAUUGAAGAAGGAAACAUAAGUUCUGUAGAAGUUACGAAUGUCGCGGGUGUGAGCGAGGUGUCGUCGCCGGCGGUGACGGUGGUGUCGGUGACGGCGGAGCCCAACUCGCUGGCGGCGGCGCCGUGCUCGCUGGUGACCGUCACCACGACGCACCCGCCCGCCAUCUCACUGGCCGCGAGGUUACCGCCAAACGCAGUAACUAUAUCGACGACGCCGCCGAUCGCGGACGAGGUCGUGAUCGUGGGCGCCGGCUCCUCCUCCGACGACGACUGUUUCGCGCCCUCCUCGCUGGACUCUCUGGACUGCACUGCCUCCUACACCGAGAAGAGCCGUGGCAGACGUCUGGACAGCAGCGAGGUCCUGAUCUUGAACACCGGCGCUAGCGAUUCGGGAGUGUUCGACGAUUCACACAACAUUAACUUGGACACUUCGCACGUGUCGGUGGUGACGGUCGGCGCGGAGGAGGUGCGGGUUCGAGACUCGACGCGGUCGCACGCCGACACCACGCGGCUCAGUCCCGACAGCUUCGAGAGCGGCCGUUCGCAGUCAGACAACGGGUCGGUCCGCUCGGAUCGGUCUCGCCACUCGCUCGCCACCACCGCCUCGCACGACUCCGCACAACUCGUCCACACUAACAGAGUGAAGGACAACCAGAGCAUAGAAGAGAACGGUGAACACGAGGGUGAGGUGGUGCUCAGACGGAAGCCGCAGGAGAACCCGCACAGGAUACAGAGAUCAAAGGAAGACAUCCACCUCGCGAAUCUGAAAAAGAAGACGCGGAAGCGGACGAGGAAGUUCGAGAUUGAUGGCGUAAUUGUCACCACCACCACCUCCAAGGUUAUAUGGGGCGAUGAGGAGAGCGGGCGCACGUGGGACGACCACGCGCUCCGGAAGCAGGAGCUGCGCGAGAUCAAGAUGCUGCAGAAACAGGAGCAGAAGCAGUUCCAGAACCUGAACAGCAAGGAACAACAGCUGAGAGAACAGCAGGAUAAGAGGUUCGAAGCGGAGUUAUCGUCGCUGACGCGCGCGCACGAAGCGGAUCUGGACACGUUGGCGCGCGCGCAACGAGCAGCCGCCGAGCGCGCCGAGCAACAGCUGGAGGCCGAGCUCCGAGCGCACGCCAAGAGGCUGAGGGCCGACCACGAGCGGGACCUGCGGCACUUCCGAGACACGCUCAAGCAGGAGCUGCGGCUGUUGAAGCAGGAGGUGGAGCUCGUGUCGAAGGAGCGGCGCAAGGACGCGUACCGAGAGCGGCGCGCGCGCCUCGACGCCGAGCACGCGGCUCGCGAGCGAGCCUUCGUGGCCGCGUUGGCCGAGGCGGGCGACGGCGUGCUGCGGCGCGUGCACGGCGCGCACCGCGACCGGCAGGCGCUCGCGGACCGGCAGCACCUGCAGCGGCGGCAGCAGAUAUUGCGUACCCGCGACGCCGCGCUGUGGGAGCUGGAGGAGAAGCAGAUCCACGAGCGGCACCAGCUGGCCAAGCGGCAGCUCAAGGACGAGUUCCUGCUGCGGCGGCACCAGAUGCUGGUGCGCCACGACAAGGAGCUGGACCAGAUCAAGAGGAAGAACACGCGCAAAGAGGAGGAGCUGGCCAAAUGUCAGGCGCUGGAGAAACGGUCGCUGCCGAAGAGGAUCCGCGCGGAGCAGAAGGCGCGAGAGAUGAUGUUCAGAGAGUCGCUGAGGAUCGGCGCCGCGCCGCACAGCCACGACGACGAGCGGGAGCGGCUCAAGAAGUUUCAAGAGAACGAGAAGCGUCGCUACCGGGCCGAGCAGCAGCGGCUCGCGACCAAACACGCCAAGGCGAGGGAGGAGCUGAGGGCGCAGGGCGAGGCGUUACUCCGUGAACUGGAACAGUACCAGAACGAGAAGCGCAAGGCGCUCAUGAAUCACGAGAGUAACAAGAUGAAGACCAUUGAGGAGAGGUAUGCCGCCGAGCUGAAGGAGUUCCGUGCCACGCUUAGCGACCGGCGUCAGAAACGGAUCGAAUCAUUCGCAAAGGACCUCGACGAUCACGAGAAAAAGUUCGGCAUUCCGAUACCGGACCGCAGCGUCUUCCUCGAUGUGCCUUGGCCACAAAACGUGCUCCAGCACGUCCUAUCGUCCUACCACCAACGAAACUCCUUUAUUGGCUCUUUGUCUCGAUCCCGGACAAGUCUUAGCUUGGCGUUAUCUCCCACACCUGACAUGGAAAGACGACUUUCAAGUCCCUCUAGACAGACUAAAUCGGCUGCUUCGAGCGCGAACAACACGGCAAGGAGAGGCAAGUUAGCCAAAGCCCAAAAGUUCGGAUCCACUUCGAAUCUUAAACUUGUCUCUGAAAAGAUAUCUGGCUUUUCCGUAUUCAAUAACGAAGACUUGAAACGACAGCCCAUAAUGGCGUAUGACGACAUUCCGAUAGAGAGACAGGUGACGAAGAUCGAGGAGGAACCACGCAAGCUGGAGCGAUCAAAGCUAGUGAAGAAAAUAAAUCGGCAAAGCCUGAGCGAGCAACUGUUUAGACAAGUGAACACAGAUGGAAUGAAACGGAGCAUCUCGCAGCAGAGUCUGAAACAAGACGUCUCGAUGGAGGCAGUUGUGAUUGAUAUGCCGUCGCUGGAAGGCGGACACGAUAUGGCCUACAAGAAUGAUGAUGCAAGCUCUGUGGGCAGCGAUGAUGAGACCAAAUACCUGAGUAGAUGGGGACCAGUGCGUGGUUCUAACAGUUACUCCAAUAAUUCCAACGUUCCCAUCAGCCAACUGUCCACUUUAAACCUGAAAGCUGCUAAAGGGAAAACACCUCCAGACUCGGUUGCUUAGUCAAUGAACUCGUUUAUUUAUAAUAUAUAAUUUAAUACUAGCUGACCGGACAGACGUUGUUCUGUUCAUAAUAAAAAAAAAACUUGUAAAACCUGUUCUUACCUGACGUCUACUCGGCGAAAUCGUGACGAGUUAAUACAUAGGUGGCACUUAAAUUAUGAAAAUAGCGAUAGCAAAACAACUGCUAAAAUAAACAUAUAGUUCCUAGUUGGUCUGGACUGCGCAUAGUCACGAAUGUUUUCAAACGAACAUCAAAUUAAUUAGGCGGGCGGAAUACUCCCGUUCCUCCAUAUUCCGUUAAAUGCGAAGUUUCAAAAUUGUUUUCUUUUUGAUGUUUGUAUAAAUUUCUUCCAAAUACUACAAUAUUUAGCAACCUCGAAAUGUAGUAUUUAGAUACAUAAUUACAUUGCUCAAUUUAAAUGCCUUUCACGUGGCUUCCGAAAUUAGUAUACAUAGUAGUAUAGAGGUGUUUUUUUUUUUACUAAUAAUAUGAAGUAGGCUAAAACGCACUUUAUUUACUAUAGUGCCAUAUACUGGCUCGUGACGGUUUUUGGUAUAAUUAAUGAUUAAACCAAAACCGUCUUAUUAAUAAACGCCAAAUAAAGUUAUUCCAAAUGUAAAAUUUAUUCGGCCCUACAAAUAAACUUGGUAUAUAGAACAAACCGUAAAUGGGCAAAUGUUUACAAAUAGACAUUUUGCUUAUGAUUGGUUUAUUCGGACCACAGACAUAGAUCCAAGUAGAUAACGCAAAUCCCUCCGUCUGUAUGAAAACCAAUCUUGCCCUUUUUUUUGUACUUACUGUGACGUCGUUUAAAAUGCCAGUGCAUCGAGCGUAACGUUUAGCCGCUGACCUCAUCAUUAGUUGGCGUUUUCAGUACAUCAAUAGUCGGUAUUGAUAAUAAUCAAUUCCGACUGGCUGCUUGGCAUUCGGAAAACUUUAGAAUUAUCAUUGUAUUGACUUUGGUGUCAGCGAUAUAGUCAAUAUUUUACAUUCGUGGAUUAUUAUCGGGUAUAGAUUUAUACCAAAUUUAUUUGUAAAACUUUUACGGUGUUAUAACAAACAAGUUAAACACACGUUGAACACUUGCUUAACAAAAGUUCCAUCACAAAUCCGUGUCUUUCUGUUUUUUAGCAUCAAUCUUUAGACGUCGCUUAAACACGUAGCUAAGCCAUGUUUAAAUUACUUUUUGUAACAACACCGUUCAUCUUUAUUUUACGUUUGUCACUGCGGAAUUGCAUGACAGGGAGAGGUAAAUUUAAACUUGGAGUAACUUUUCAUUGCGUUUAUUAAUGAGACAUAAAAUGUAUAAAUAAUGAAGGUUACAACAGUAAUAUAAACAUAAAUCAUUGUGCUGACAUACAGCAUUUUGGCUGAGUCAAACAGGCGUCACUAUGCUGCUAGAAAGUAUCGAAGUGCCGAUGGAAACUAUUCGAUUUUUCACGAAAACUGAAUAUAACAAAUAGCCAAAAUGCGUUUAUUUAAAAUUAUUGUUAAUGAUCUUUGUUACCAUAGAGUUAUUCCUACGUCAAUAUUAUUCUAUGAAAAUUUUUAGAUCAUGAAAUAAUUUUUUAAAGAGGAAAAAAUAUUUAAAAAUUUACACCGUUGGUCUGAGCGAAUUUUACAUAACAGAUGACAACAAAUGCCAGUUUACUACGUAACCUCAUUGAAACCGUUUGCCAAACUAUGACGUCACAGUACACAUGUCGCAAGCGCGUCAAAAUGGCUGACGUGCUUUUUUAAAUACUUUGAGUUAAAUUUGAACGCUGAAUAUUUUUUAUUAUUAGCAAUGGAAAAUAUAAAAAAUAUGUAGACAUAUUACCUAUUAUUGUCGAAUUAUAUGUUAGGUGCUUGCAUGCAUCUCGAUAUGUCCAUAAUUUAAGACUCAUUCUUUAAUAAUUUUCCUCUGGGAGAACAUGCGUUGUAAAAAUUCAUUGCGAAUUAUUAUAAAAAAUAUACGAUACUAUCCUAACUUAAAUAUUCAUAAUUACAGUUUAACGAUAUAAAGUUAUUAAUAUGUAGCGAUAAUCGCGAUAUUAGAAAUUUAUAGAUUAUAGAAUUAGUACUGUUACUAUUUGUUACCAUAUUUAAAGGAACAGUAGCGUCCGCACGUCAACUCGACCAUACAUAUAUAUCUGUAGAUAUGUGCCCAUAUAUCAAAUAUGGGCACACGUCUACAGACACCGCGCGACUUGAAUGCAGAGUAUAGGAAUGCGAAAUUGCUGCGACCUAAUUAAAAUUGGACGAACUACAAUCAUGUCGAAAUUGAGUUAAGAACACAAAACUGGUCACGCGAUUCAUAUUAACGGACCGACAAAAAAUGGCAGCCCUACUGUCACUCCUUAAAUGACAUCAUGGCUAAGUAGCCCAACCGACAUGUAUGGAAUACACUAAUAUUUAUUAAACUUUAAAUGCGCAUUUAAUUUUAUUUGGAACGUUUUUCAGGAACUACUUCCGAUUGAUGACUUUAUUCAGGAGUGUGUGGAUAAAUUUAAAACAAUGCUUUAAGUCUAAGUUUAUUAAAUCUAAGUAUAUUUUUUUGUUCUGCCUUCCUUGAACACACAUGUCUAAAACAUUUUUCGCCAUUUCCCGUGCUUGGCGAUAAAUCGAAAGGUCUUUUUUUUGAUUGAAACUGAUGGACUGGGAUCAGUCAUCUUAAAAUCAAAAUUUACCCAGGAUUGUAACUUUAGUAUUAACACUGUACCUACACGAAGCGAGGCGUGCGGACUGCAUUCAACUCGCGCGCAAUCUUUAUUUGUAUCACUUAUUCUUCUUGCCGUUUUGCCUUUAACUUAUCGAUUAUAUAUUAUAAAUAGUACAUAAUAUUUGAUCGCAGCCUAAAUUACGGAAAACACGAACACUAGUUAAAAGUUUUUGUAAAACAAGAUUUUGUCACAAUUUAUAUAAGGUUUGUUUGUAUUUGACAUAUAAAAAUAUGUACUUGGCUUCCUAAGUUGUGUCAAAGUUCGAUUAGAAAAUAUCGUCGCUAGUUGGGCAGACUUCCUAACCAAAUUUGAUACACUUAUAUUGCGUCUAAACUGGAAAACGAGCUUCAUUCGGUGCUUUUCCUGUUUGAUAUGAUAAUCUAAAAGAUAUAGAUUUAAGAAGAUAAACAUAUAGAGCUUGGAAUGGACAGAUGUACAUGCCAGCGGUUUUUGGGCAUUACGUUCUAAGAUAGUACUUAAUUUCUUUGUAUUUUUGUAGUGUGUAAAGUAGUGCCAAAAAAUUAAAAUUUUCAUUCCAUUAUAUAAGUAGAGCCUCGCUAAAACGGGCUGUUCAUCGCUUAUUCAUUCUGGGGAGUGGUAAACGCUAUCAGACGAGUAAAUCAUACUUCUUUAUGAAGAAUAUUGUAUGUAUGUAAAUUAAGUGGACCUGUGGUAUAGCCGUGGUACAGUCACCGACACAACUUAAUGCAUGAAUUAACUGCAAGAUUUUAUUUUUUUUUCAUUUAUUUAUUAUUUCUUUCUUUAACUUGAGAAAAACUUAGAAACUAUUUAAAAUACUAAAUAUUACGUCCAAAUGCAAAAUUUAACUCGAAUUAUGUUGACUUCUUGAACUUCUUGCCUCGCACUCCCAAUUUAUGGAACCUUUUUAUAAUGACACACAGCGGCGCGGUCGACGCACUUGGGCCGGGGGGUACUUUAAACUCGAUACCGCACGCAUGUUUACGGUAUUGCUUGUUAAAGUUAUAAUUAGAGUAAAGGAUGCCUUCCUUAGCCUUCGCAUACCUUAGCUCUGGGUUUUGCGGAUGUCCACGGCGGUUGCCUCGCCAUAUCCCAUCCCUAUUACCCGUUUGUCCUCAUAAAUAGUAGGAGGUAUACAAAAAUAUUUACCCUUUGUUAAACUAAAAAAUAUAACAAAAACGAAACCGCUCAGCAAUCAUAAAAUAAAUGAGACUUAAACGUGCGUUAGGACUUGUGUUGGCGACUGUACUAAGGAUGUACGCGGAACAGAAUACGAUGCGGGAGACGCGAGCGCGCAUUCCAUCGAUGAUAAUAUAUAUCUUAUGUUUAUAUGUACUUUCGAUAUAAUGUAACUAAAGCUAAAGAUAUAUUUAUUAUAAUUAGAAUAAUAUAGCAUGCCACAACCUAUUCGGUUAUUCGAAAAAGUCCGUGUUUUUUACCGUCCGGUUUAUUUAGAACCUACCGACAUAAGAUAAAUUUAUGACGUGUUAAGCGGCUGCAUAUUAUAAUGUCAUUAAAUUAGUUAUAAGGUGUAUUAAAAAAAUAUCUUAAAUUAUUGUUGAGUUUUAAUAUUGUGUAAUUUAAAAAAUGUUUAUAAAUAAGUUUUGAAAUCGUGCCUUGUAUUUUGAUUUUACUUGUAAUUAGAAAAUUUAUACGGGAUACAAAUUUUUUGUCAGUAUUUCCGAAUUGUAGAUUAGAAAGAAGCUUACUCUAACAAUUUGUUAACGAUUAAUAAUGCGUUAACGUCUGCGUGAAAGAGACGGCGCUGUGUGCGAAAGAGACCGGCGUAUCUCUCGUAGCGUCGCCUUAUGCUUUUUUUGUUAUGGACCAAAUGAGCUUAUCGUGUAUUUGAAAUAUAUUAACUACUGUAAUAGAUGUAAAUAAAGAUGUUAUGUUUGUAA